AUGAUGAAGACGCUCGAAGGCUCUGACGGCUCUGACGAAGGUGGCAGUGAUCUUAAACGACUUGAGAAUGAGGGUUAUGACUCCCUAACAAAUGACCGCCGUUUAUGCAUCUUUGUCUUUCCAGCUCUGAUAUGGCGAGCAACGUUGAAGAUGAAGGACAACAUAGAUCUGUAUCGACGACAGUUUUGUUGGUUUCCAACAGAAAUGUGGUCGUUUAGGCUACAUGUGUUGACCUGUUGUGGUGGUGGUGACGUUCAUCGUUUCCGGUGGUGGCGUUUAACUUUUCCGGCGGUAGUGUCUGGUGUUCUUUUUAGUCAUAAAACAAUGAUAAUUAAGGUGGUUAGUAAAGUAAAAACAAGGAGAAAAGUUGUUGAAGGUUAUGUCAAAUCAUACAGAAAUAUUAUCGGGGAGCAAAAGACAUCCCUUGAACAUGUUGACAGUACUAGUAGGAUUGGUUGUUCUACAAGAGACAAGGAAUGUGGAGGAGAGCAUGAGUAUAAUAUACAAAAGCUUCUCGAGGAAAAACACGGAGUAAUGUAUGGGCGAGGUAUCAGACAAAGCUACACUGGUGAUACCAGAGAAAGUAUCGCUGGUUCAAAUUACAUUUUGCAUGGAGUACGAUGUGUGAAAGGGAAUGGUGCUUGUAAUGAUGAUGUUAGAAGCAACAAUGGCAGCAAAAAUGUGAAAAUAUACGCUAAUGAAAAUGGAUAUCACAACAUAAAAAAUAAUAUGAUCACUAACAAUAUAACCAACAUUGACAGCAAUAACGGCAGCAACAACACCAUCGGAAGUGGAAGCAACAACGGUGACAUUAAUGGAAGCAGCGACAUAAAUGGAACUGAUAACAUUCCUGGUAGCGGAAACAACAAUCCCAUCAUUGUUUCGAUCGGAGAUUAUAAUGGAAAUAAUAACGACAAUGUUAACCCAGGAUCAGGAGGACAUACUGGUCACAACUUAUGA